AUGGCGUCUUCUUCUUUGCAACAAAAAAAAUGCAAUCAAUCUAAUGAAACUGGAAAUAUUGCGUUAAGAAAAGGAACAUGGUCUAGUGAAGAGGAUCAAGUAUUAAGAGAAUAUGUGAUUAAAUAUGGAAUUGGAAAGUGGGAUUCUCUAAGAAAGAAAACAAAGCUCGCUCGAGAUGGAAGAAGUUGUCGAUUAAGAUGGUUAAAUCAUUUAAAUCCAAUUUUGAAAAAGUGUUCGUUCAAUGAAGAAGAAGGGCGAAAACUUGUUCAUCUCUAUAAUGAGUUAGGAUCCAAAUGGUGUCAAAUGGUUUCACAGUUUCCGGGAAGAACCGAUAACGAGUUAAAGAAUUUUAUUAAUUCAAAAAAAAGAAGUUUAAAAAACUCUAGAAAGCACCUCAUUCGAGAAAGGAUAAACCAAGUUUAUGAGUUGAAUAAGAAUGUUGGACAAAAUAAUGCCUCCCAAGAAGAAGCAGAAACGGCUCUACCAAGAAUGGAAUUUGAUCAUCAAGUACAUACUCUACAGGGUAACUAUCUUCUUGAUCAAAAUUAUGGUGACAAAAAUAUCAACAACUUUCAACAAUUUCCAACGUUGGCUGAUGAUUCAAGUAUGCUCUACAAUCAUGUUGUCCCAACAUUGGAUGAUAAGUCUUCUCCUAGACUCGCACCAUUUCCAUCAGGUAAUAUGUCUUUUGAUCGAGAUUUUCCUCCAAUUUCAGAAUAUUAUCCGGACAAUCUAAAUAUGGAUUACCCAUUUCCAAAAGAAAUACAUUCUAACAAGUAUCUUCAAAAUCCAGAUCUAUCAAAUCAGAUGCUUUUUGAAGAUUUUCCUCCAAUUCCACAACAUCAUCCAGACAAUCUAGAUAUGGUUCCAAAAGAAAUGCGUUCUAACAAGUAUCUUCAAAAUCCAGAUCUAUCAAAUCAGAUGUUUUUUGAAGAUUUUCCUCCAAUUCCACAACAUCAUCCAGACAAUCUAGAUAUGGUUCCAAAAGAAAUGUGUUCUAACAAGUAUCUUCAAAAUCCAGAUCUAUCAAAUCAGAUGCUUUUUGAAGAUUUUCCUCCAAUUCCACAACAUCAUCCAGACAAUCUAGAUAUGGUUCCAAAAGAAAUGCGUUCUAACAAGUAUCUUCAAAAUCCAGAUCUAUCAAAUCAGAUGUUUUUUGAAGAUUUUCCUCCAAUUCCACAACAUCAUUCAGACAAUCUAGAUAUGGAUUAUCCAUUUCCAAAAGAAAUGCAUUCUAACCAGUAUCUUCAAAAUCCAGAUCUAUCAUUUGAGGAGCCUCAGUUUGAGAUCUUUUCACCUUGGUUGCUAUCUGAAUGCGUUCCUCUUUGGUGA